ACAAUGCUACAACCUGUAACCAGCUCACCUAAAUGGUAUGAAUUACUCCUGUGCUUUUCCUGCUAUGACAAGCCGUAAUUCCCGUUGUGAAAAAGGGCUUGUUCGUGAUGGUGCCCUGUAUGGACAAGAAGCUGUGCCAUGACAGAGGGCAACGUGGGUAAAAGAGACAUGCGACACCCGGUCCUGAACCACUGCCACCUCUUCUUGGGCGGGGCCUUGCUGCUUCUCCUGGCCAGCCCGACCCUGAGCUGCCCCGCCCGCUGUGAGUGCUCCGCUCAAAGCAAGUCGGUCAGCUGCCACCGCAAGCGCCUGCCCACCAUCCCCGAAGGCAUUCCCAUCGAGACGCGCGUCCUGGACCUCAGCAAGAACAAGCUACGCAUCAUCACGCCGGACAACUUCUCCUCGUUCCAGCAGCUGGAGGACCUGGACCUCAGCGACAACCUCAUCAGCGUAGUGGAGCCCGGCUCGUUCCGCUCUCAGCUCGCCCUCCGCGUGCUCAACUUUCGCAGCAACCUGCUCCAGCUGGUUCCCGCCGGCGUGCUGUCGGGCCUGACCAACCUCACCCGCCUCGACCUCGGACACAACCGGCUGGUGGUUCUCCUGGAUCAUGCCUUCCAAGAUCUGCGCAGGUUGACGUCCCUGGAGGUGGGCGACAACGAGCUGGUGUUCGUCUCUCAGCGGGCCUUCACGGGAUUACUCGGACUCCAAAGUCUGACCCUGGAACGUUCCAAUCUGACCGUGGUUCCCACUGAUGCUCUGUCACACCUGCACAGCCUGGUGGAACUGCGCAUGCGCUACUUGAGCAUUAGUUUUCUAAAGCCUUUCUCCUUCAAGAGGUUAUCACGUCUCCGCCGACUAGAGAUUGAUUACUGGCCCUGGCUGGAAACACUGCCUCCCCUCUCACUGCACGGCCUCAACCUCACGACGUUGUUCAUAACCAACACCAACCUGUCUGCCUUCCCCGGCGCGGCACUGCGCAACCUGCCCUACCUCACACAUCUCAACUUGUCCUACUGCCGCAUCCAGCACAUCAAUCAGGGAGAGCUGGGCCAGCUCCCACACCUGCUGGAGCUCCACCUCCAAGGGGCUCAUCUGAUUUCUAUUGAGCCCUUUGCAUUCGUGGGCCUCAAAUCUUUGCAGCUUCUGGAUGUGUCACAGAACCGCCUGGACUCUCUGGAGAGUGGAGUGUUUGCCUCGCCAGACGUCCUCCAGAGGCUCUGUCUGGGUGGAAACCCGUUAGUGUGCGACUGCAGAUUGCUUUGGCUGCUCAAUAUCCACAAGCCCCCCUCUCUGCAGAUUCUGGAUGUGCAGCCAGAGUGCAGUGCCCCGGAGCACCUCCUGGGGAAACCCCUCCGUGACCUCAAGGAGCCUCUGGUCUCCAGAUACAUGACCUGCACCAAACCCCGGAUUGGACCCAACACGACCCAGCUGCUGAUGGCUGACGAGGGUCAGCCGGCCCGCCUGAGCUGCGUGGCAGAGGGAGCCCCUCGGCCCUCAGUGGUGUGGAUUACACCUCACAGACGCUACGUCACAACCAAGAGCAGUGGCAGGGUGGAAGUCCAGCCAGAUGGUACCCUGGAGAUCAAGGAAGCGGAGCUGCACGACAGCGGUGUGUACUUGUGCAUUGCCAGUAACCCUGCUGGCAACGCCAGCCUGUCUGCCUCUUUAGCUGUGAAGGGCCUGAGCAUUGGGGACAGAUCUCACUUCAGCAACAGGAGCUCAAACUAUCAGACAGACUCUAACAGCACAUGGGGUAAUGGGACAGUACUGUACAACAUGACAGUUCCCAUAGACCUUAAGACUAUCAUUAUAUCUACAGCAAUGGGCUGUCUGUCCUUCCUAGGUGUGGUCAUCUUCUGCUUCCUGCUUCUGUUCAUCUGGAGCAGAGGGAAAGGACGUCAUAAGAGCAACUUUGAUAUCGAGUAUGUCCCUCGCAAAUCCAAUGCGUCAGCGGACGUGACUGAAACAAGUGGCCCGCGACGGGUCAACAUGAAAAUGAUUUGAAAAAAGGACGCAGACUUACGCGUACAAAAGCGAAGUCUACAACAAAGUGCACAUAUCAGCUGAAAAAAAAAAAGUAUUUUCUAUGACUGGAUUUGUGACAAACGAAAGUGACGUACUAUUUAUAGUGGAUGUCGAUAUGACGGUGAUCUAGUGAUAAAGUGGGCAUGUGAAUAUAAAAGUGAUCUAUGAAACCGUGGACGUGUUUAUAUGAAAUAAUGUUCUCAUACAGUACAUUGAAUAUACUACUAUAACCAACAUAUCAAUAUGGGAGUGAUAUAGUGCUGCACUAGGCAUGUGUUUCAGUGGUGAUGUGAUGAGUAAUGAUGUUGUCGACCCACCGUGACAUCAGAGGUGAAGGAGGGAGCCGUUGGGAGCGACGGGACAUCUUCGCGUGGCAGUGGAGCCAUCAUCGCUGCAACAUGUCAGGACUAAAUCGUCUCAAAACCCAUCUUAGCUGCAGAAUGGAAGGUGUGUGCUGUGUUCAUGUGUGCGCGGGUGCGUGUCUGUGCGAGUGCAUCGGUGUGCGCAUGUCGCAUUUGUGCGUUUCUUUGUGCAUGUGCACGCAUUGCCUUUCUCGUUGGACGAAAACAAUUAAAACGAUUGAUGGGGUCCAAAGCAUUUUACCAGGCCUUUGUUCGUGUUCGGUCAUUGUAACAACAGUAUUGUCACUGUUGACGAAAACAGAGGAUUAUCUGUGUUUGUAUGCAAAAAUCACAAUGAUUAUAUUUAAGACAAAUGCUGCAUUCAUUUUUAAAAAGGUCGUUGGCCCCCCUUGGAAUGACUCCAACAUUAAACAGGGAUUUUUCCAAACUCAAGGAAACGUUAAACUAACACGCAGUAGUUCCAAUGUGAAGUCUGAGCUUUCUUUUUUUACCAUAGAGCUCCCUCACACUUUCCCUGAGAAAUAGCAGUGGUCAGAGCUGUUAUUACUCUGGAAAAGCUUCCAGCCACAGAAAUGGCAUGUUGAACCCGUUUUAUAACAUAAUAAAUCAUGGGCAGAUUUUCCUGCCAAACAAAUCCCUCGAUAUGAUAUAAAAGAGUCAGUGGCCAGACACUAUGGCUGAGAUUUACUGGCCGGUGCCCUCUUUGGUACAAGACAAAGUUGAGCUUCGCAGAUUUACGGCUUGUAUUUUCCCCCCUGUCACAUUUUUCUUUGAUCGCACCACUUGAAGCUAUCGUGUCCAGAUUCUUCCCUAGGGCGCAAAGGGGUUCUGAGUAUUUAAUAGAUGGGAAUUUGAAAGUUGUAGUUAAAUCUUGUAUUGUUUAGUUCUUUUGUUAAAAAUGUUUUAAAUGUUUAAGAAAAAAAAAACAGUAAAACCAAUUAAGGGCAAUUGUUUGUAAUGCAGGGAAGUGGGUGUUAACUUGUGUGAUCCUGUUGUGAUAAAAUGUUAAAGGUUGUAUAAUUGUUUUCAUAUGACAAAUUUAUGGGUAUAUUUUCAAAAGGAAAUAAAUCUUAAUCAUACCCCGAUAAUUGGACUUGCGGUAGUUGAAAUUUUGUUUCCUGAAUCAACAGUGUUGUUAACAUAUUUCAUUUUAAA